AUGAUUCUACCCGGACCCGAAGUGUUGGCUUCACCGGACACUAAUGUUACUCUCACUUGCAUAGUGGCCGGGGACACAGGCCUUCAUAAUCUGAAACUCAAAUGGCUCUUUGAGAAUGAAAUCCGGGGUUCAUGCAAGUUUCAUGAGGAGUUUCCUGGGUCGUAUACAGGACAUGGAGGCUUUGAGAGGCAGUGCAACCUGACAGUCGGGCCCGUGGACAGGGCGUCCGUGGGUAUCUACAAGUGCCAGUAUUUUGACGGGGAGCAAGUAGUCUCCCAAAACCUAAAAUUAAUUAUCGGAAUAAACGAAUGUGAUGAUGAAUCGACGAACGAUUGCGAUGCCAACGCCGAGUGUGUGGAUUUGGUUGAUGGUUACGAUUGCAUUUGCAAGGAUGGAUUCACUGUGGACGAGGCUACAGGGCGUUGCCAAAAGAGUAACCUAGAUGGGAGUGUUGGUAUAAGCAAUGCAGUUGUAGCUGUAUGUGUCGUCGUGGCUUUGUUGAUCAUGGCGGUAGUCGCGCUCGCUGUCUUCGCUCUUCUGAGCUUCAAGAGAAAUCGUGGACAGGCAUCGGUGACACAGAACGCAAUGCUUAGCACGGAAGCGGCAGAGUCAGCGGUUGCAAUGCUCGUAACAUCAUACGAAGACAGGAUCGCACAGGCUGCGGCGGUCUCUUACGAGAGUAUCAGACAACGUGAUCUGGCAUCAAAGGGGGGUGGUCUCCCGAGCUGGGCUCAACCGUGGGAGAUCCUAUGGAGCGAUCUGUUGCUGGAUGAUGAGGUACUGGGAAGAGGGAACUUUGGAGAAGUCAGAUCAGGGGCCGUCAGGAUUGGAGGCAAGGUGACCCGAGCGGCCAUCAAAAUGAUCAAAGAGCAAUCGUCAAGUUCUGAAAAGGACGACUUUAUGCAAGAGUUGGAGACCAUGUCCUCUAUCGGCCAUCAUGUUAAUAUCGUUUGCCUCUUCGGGGCAUGCAAGCAUCAAGAUGUGUUGUACGUCGCCUUGGAAUAUCUUCCCUACGGCGAUCUGCGCAGCUACCUGCGGACGGCUCGCUCACAGUCAGACUCAGACGAGGAUGCCUUGUCUUCCGGUCAGCUGGUCCAGUUUGCUCUGGAUGUUGCCAAGGGAAUGGAACACCUUGCUCAAGCGGGGGUGAUUCACCGUGAUUUGGCCGCGAGAAACAUUCUGGUUGGAGAAGCGUUGGUUGCGAAGGUCUCUGAUUUUGGACUGUCUAGAGGGGAAGAUGUCUACGUGCAGAUGUCAUCGAAGCGGGUUCCCCUUCGUUGGUUAGCAAUCGAGUCCGUCAGGCACAAUACAUACACCACCAAGAGUGAUGUGUGGUCGUUUGGAAUACUUCUGUGGGAAAUAGCCACUGUUGGGGGAACUCCCUACCCGACCAUUGACAGCGAUUCUUUGCCCGGAAAGCUGCUGCAAGGAUACCGCAUGGCUAAGCCGAGCAACUGUGAUGACCACAGUUAUGCUCUGAUGCACAAGUGCUGGGACGAGGAUCCUAAUAAUAGGCCAACCUUCACCGAGUUGGUCACCAUCUUGAGUGGCAUGGCAUUGAAUAACACCAAUAGUACGUAUAUGGCGAUGGACAGCAUCAGGUAUAUCAAUUGGAGCGCCAUUCGCCCCGAGUUUGAUGACAAAUGAGAGUUUACCAAAGCAAAGAAAGGCGUGGUGUCUGCUUCUCUUCGUAACGCUGGUUAAGUCAACUCGAGGAUUGAAAGAAGGCAGGGCGAAGAUGAAUUAAUUUCUAAAAUGUUUGUGUAUAUUGGUUGUUCUGCUAUUACGCUGAAGAAACGUGAUAGGCCUAUAGUUUCCCAGUGAUACUAUAAAAAUAGAGCCUUCUUAACUAUCAAGAUCUGGCUACCGUAUGUUCUUCAGACUGCAGAUCACCAAUAAUAAUUCAGAAUCUUAGAACAAAAGCAAAUAUCUAUUUUCUAAAUCAAAACUUAUUUUGAAGCUAUGUACAAUGCUGUUUUUGCUGAUUAGAUAUGCUUAUUUCAUCUAUGGAAUGGUGUACAAAUAAUGAAUGUUUAUGAGUGCAAUGGUUAGAAUAUAUUUUCAUGAGUUGAAUGG